CUUGCCCCUGGGGGUGGGUUGGGUUGUGGUGUCCUUGCAGUGAGCCUCGGCACCAAAAAAAGCUCUCCAAAAUGACCACUGAUACGACUUGUCAGGUUCCACAGAUUUAGAAGCUGAGGCCAAGACCAUGUGCAAGUGGCUUAUGAUGUGCUCCUGGGAGAACUCCAGUGUCAGCCUGAAUGUGAAUUAUAACUCAAAGUCUUUCAAGACUCAAGGCAAGGCAACUGGGUUUUCAGAACAUCUCACCAGAAUCAUGAACAUUGAAGCAUAUUUUGAAAGAAUUGGUUAUAAGCACUGUAGGAACAAAUUGGACUUGGAAACAUUAACUGACAUUCUUCAGCACCAGAUCCGAGCCAUUCCCUUUGAGAACGUUAACAUCCAUUGUGGGGAAGCCAUGGAGUUGGGCUUAGAGGCCACUUUUGAUCAAAUUGUGAGGAGGAACCGAGGUGGGUGGUGUCUCCAAGUCAAUCAUCUUCUGUACUGGGCUCUGACCACAAUUGGUUUUGAGACCACGAUAUUGGGAGGGUAUGUAUACAACACUUCAGCAAACAAAUAUAGCAAUGCCAUGAUUCACCUCCUGCUGAAGGUGACCAUUGACGGCAGGAACUACAUAGCUGAUGCUGGAUUUGGAUGCUCUUACCAGAUGUGGCAGCUUCUAGAGUUAAUUUCUGGGAAGGAUCAGCCCCAAGUGCCUUGCAUCUUUUGCUUGACAGAAGAGAGAGGAAUCUGGUACCUGGACCAAAUCAGAAGAGAGCAGUAUAUCCCAAACCAAGAAUUUCUUAAUUCUGAGCUCCUGGAAAGGAAUAAAUAUCGGAAAAUCUACUCUUUUACUCUUGAACCUCGAACAAUUGAAGACUUUGAGUCUGUGAAUAUAUACCUUCAGGAAUCUCCAGCAUCUGUCUUUACAAGCAAGUCAUUUUGUUCCUUGCAGACUCCAGAAGGUGUUCACUGUUUAGUGGGCUUCACCCUCACCUACAGGAGAUUCAAUUAUAAGGACAAUACAGAUUUGGUAGAGUUUAACACACUGAAUGAAGAAGAAGUAAAAGAAAAUCUAAAAAAUAUAUUUAAUAUUUCCUUGGAGAAAAAGUUUGUCCCCAUACAUGGUGAUAAACUUUUUACCAUAUAGAGUAAGCAGUAAAAAUGGUCUCAGUAUUACUUCUGGUGCUGUAACUUUUUAUUAUAAAAAAAAUUUUAACAUCUAUAAAAGUAGAGAGAAUGAAAUAAUAAACCUCCAUUUGUUUAUCACUCAGUUUAUCAGCUAUAAACUAGAGGCCUAUCUAUCAUAUUUUCUCAAUGCUCCCACAUUAUAUUGAAGAAAAUGCUAGACAUCAAAUCAUUUCACCUUUAAAAGUGUCAGCAUAUAUAAUUAGAUAACAUUUAAA